AUGGUAAAGGCGGCGCGUUGUUUUUUGGAGUUUAAUUGUCAAGCCUCGGAGUUGGCGAGGGCGCAGACGGACGAGUUGGGGGACUUGCGGGAGCGCCACCAUCGUCGGCUUUCCUCCUUGUUAGAGGUGGACAGAGAGGAAGGGGGGAAUUUGAUUAUCGACCGCGCUGUGAUGCAGUGGUUUGUAGGGCAGCAUCAGGCUGAUUUGGAGGUUCUUCAAACCGCACAUUCCACUACAUUUUACGCCCUUGAACGGAAGCUUCAGCGCGCCUUUAGCGACGUCUUGCAGGCCGCCGCGUGGGAGGGAACGCGGACGGCCGCGAUCGCGCACGCACCUAAGGGGGAUCCCCCUUCCUGGGGCUUUCCCAGCCUUGAGGACGGGAUGUAUUAUUCGACUAACCGCGAAGCCGCGGAUGCCUUUCGCGAUCGAGUUUGCGCGUUUUCCGAUUCUCUAUUUAUUCUCGAUGUGAGUUAUUUUGCUCGACGUGGGGAUCGCGCGGGGCCCGUCCCUGUCCGUGCGGUGGGGCUUGCGAGUCCGCCUUACGGCCCCCUCCACGGGCCUCAACCGGGCGAUUCCCCCCGCCCCUCUUCUUUUUUAUCCCCUUAUCGGCAAUGGGUUGUGGAUCUUUCGCCGAUGAGCGGGCUGGCGGGUUGUUUGACGUCUUUGGAUGCGCAUCGCGCGGCCUUUUCCCCCUUGGCUGAGGCCGCCGCUGUGGCCCACCUCCGGCGCCUCGCCUUUUCUCGCUACUCUAUGCUCCUGUUGAUUACCCCGGAUCCACACGCGGUGGGGGGAAUUUUGCACCCCGAGGGGGAAUCCCGCGAUCGCCCCGAGCUGCUUUUGGGGGCGCGGAGCGGUCAGGAGGGCUUCGCGGCCAUUCCUGGGCAUUCAUCACUCAAAGUGAAUUUUAACACGCGUCUGUGGGGGGCGAAUAUCGUCUUGUGGGAGGCUCCCCCCCCUGCCCUCCCUUCGGAGGCGAACAGCGCGCGCAAUGAGUCUUUUGCCGUCCAUCAAGAAGUUUCUGGGGAAAAGGCCCCGUGCGGGAAGGCUAGUUUACGGCCCACGGUGGUCGAGGAGGCGCUGCGGUUGGCCUUUGCCUGGGGGGUGGAUAUGUUUUCCAUCGCAGUGGUGGACGAUGGUGAAUCGGAAGCGGCUUCGAUCUCCUCGUAUGGGCUUUCCAUGGAAGUUCUACGGCAGGUUCAAUGGGGGUUGGCAACGUUAGUGCGCGAACCAUCUCCCACUCGGCCUCCGUAUGGUGCCGCCAUCGGGAAGGACCCUCUCCCGCGAACGAAUCGGGAUGACCCCAAAGGAGCGAAAUUCGCGACAGCCGAUGGUAACACUGGGAAGGUUUGUACAGUCGACAAGAUAAGGGUAGAUAGUGGAAUGACAAAUUCAACACCGAUGACGAAGAAUGGCAAUUUGGAGGGCGCCUUUAUCGGUCAGCCCCCUUCAGCCUCAGGCUCGCUAUCAGCGACAAAUAUCAUGUUUAAUUUGCCCAUGGCAAUCCGUGUGUUUUUGCCGAUCCCGGAGAAAUACUUUUUAGACGAUGCUGAGGUGGAUGACGAUCAUGCGGAAUUAAAUCUGCGGGCCGCGAUCGACACGCGGCGUCGAUCUCGCACGAAUGCCUUGCCUACCCACGCGAGUUCGGAAAGCGGAGGAGGGGUGAGCUCACCCGCCGCCGCCUCGAUACUUCCCUCUUUCUUUUCACGCCACGGCUCUAAGUUGCCGGAGGAGCCUAACCUCGUUCCGUCGGUGCGUUCCCAGAGCACACACACCAUUAGGCCGACAUUAAAACAAAUUUUGUACUCCUAUCUGGGAGGUUCUGCACAGCUAAAAUAAGCAGGCGAAUCCUGACUACAACUUUUAGAGACACGGUUCGGUAUAAAUAUGUGUAUCACACCUUCUCGCCUGCUGUUUUUUAAUUUGUUACAAGAGAGCCAUUUUCAUUUCGACCGACUUCUGUUUCCACUAUUAUACUGUGGUUGAAUGCAAACUCCAAUUUCAUCUCUAGGAAAAGCAAUCAAGCAUUUAGUUUAAUGAAGA